ACAAUAUGGCGGCUAGACAAAAAUCAACAAAACAGCUGAUCCUUACCUAAACACAAUAACGGUGCUCUUGGCCCACACGGAACACAAACGGUGAACUAACAUUGAUCCACCAUGGAAGACGAUUUUGAAUGCGAUUAUGCCGACGAACUUGAUGCUAUGGAAGACUUUGAGGCUCCCAGCUAUAGUCCUCAGAAGUCAAAAAGGACAUUAUGCUUUGAAACACCGAAAUCCAAGACAGUUAAAGAGGAUCUAAAUGACAGUAUUAGUCUCACUCCACUGGAAAGUCCGGCAGCUCCAGUCAAUGGCUCUCUAUUACAUAGCCCAUCCAACACUCCUAAAACAAACCUCUCCAGGUCUGAGAAAAGAGGCCGCUCUCAAGAUGACUUUCCAACCUUGUCCGAUGAAGAAGACAUGUAUGACCUUAGUUUGCCAAGUUUAGAUGUGCCCGCAAGGAAAAGACAGAGAUUAAGUGAUGCAUUAGAAGGGACAAGACCUGAAAAUGAGAAUGUUGUAACUCCGCCAGCCUCACCAUCAGCUGAAGAGAAGAUCCUAGCCAUUCGCAUCAAGAAGACUGUAGACAAAGGGAAAAUCAGCACUCAGAGAAAUAUUACACAAGAUUAUGAUUUUGAAAGAAAGAGAGUCUUCAGAAGAAUACCAUCAGGAGAAUUCAUAGGGACAACAGGUUAUGAGGGUCAGAGAGUUUACAUAAAGGUCAAGGACGAAAUAGAGCAAGAUAUUGAGUUUAGAAAUGUGGGAAAGCUAGUGAAGAAAACCCAGUUAUUGGCGGUGCCUCUUGAUGAACUGAAGGACCAAAUAGAGACAGAGAGGCAGCAGAAAUUGAUGGAAGAAGCGGAGCGGCUGACUCAAGAAAUCCACAGGGAUGUCGCUGAUGACGAAGCUGAUGAUGAAGAUGAGAUCGCUAAUGAUGUAGUCUCCGAUUCUAAGGGUCUGCUUUGGGUAGAAAAAUAUGCUCCAAGGCAGUACACAGAUUUGUUGAGUGAAGAGCUCAUCAACAGAACACUUCUACACUGGCUCAAACUGUGGGAUCAUGUCGUGUUCAACAAGGAGAUCAGCACCAAGGCUAAGGACAAGAACAAGAAGAAAAAGUCUAAUGAAAAAGACUUCAAGAAGAAAAAGUUUGGGGCAGAUGUCUUGGAAGAAGAGCUGGAUAAAUUCAACAGACCGGUACAGAAAGUUGCACUGUUGAAUGGUCCACCAGGACUAGGGAAGACAACUCUAGCUCACGUUCUGGCUCGGCAUGCUGGCUACAACAUGGUGGAGAUCAAUGCAAGUGAUGACCGCAGUGCUGAUGUGUUUAAAACCAAGAUUGAGGCAGCAACUCAAAUGAAGUCUGUCCUGGAAGCUGAUCCUAGACCAAACUGCCUCGUUAUAGAUGAGAUAGAUGGAGCUCCUCAGCCUGCCAUCAAUAUGUUGCUGAGCCUAAUCAAGAAGACAGAUGAAGGCAGUGGUAAGAAGAAGGAGAGCGGCAUCCUGUUACGUCCUAUCAUCUGUAUAUGCAAUGAUCAGUAUGUUCCUUCAUUACGCCAGCUAAGACAGAAUGCGAUGGUGAUAACGUUUCCACAGACUGAGCCAGCCAAGCUUGCCAGUAGACUGUUUGAGGUGACCAGAAGAGAAAGUUUGAAGGCAGAUAUGAAUAGCUUGUUAGCUUUGUGUGAGAAGACGGAUAACGAUAUCAGGUCCUGUCUGAAUACAUUACAGUUCGUCCAACGCCAUUGUAAGGAGUUGUCGGUACGUCUGAUCCAGACAAUGAACGUGGGACAAAAGGACACACAAAGAAGUUUGUUCUCUGUUUGGAACGACAUCUUCUCACUACCUAGACCAAAACAAAAUCGAUUUUUGAGUAUCAAUGAUCUUCGGAAUGAAGAAUGGAAAAUCAACAACACAUCUCCUACAGCUAGGUUUCACAAUGUUCUACAAGCUACCUAUUCCAGUGGGGAGUAUGAGAAAGUCAUACAGGGCCUGUUUGAGAACUACCUUGAAUGCAAGUAUAAAGAUCCCAAAAUGGAAGGUCUAAAUUUUGCCAUGGACUGGCUAUGUUUUGUGGACAAUACCAACCGGUAUAUUGCCCACAAGCAGGACUACUGUCUGCUGCCAUAUAUCCCGUACGUCACCGUCACCUUCCACAUGCUGUUUGCAUCCAAUCAAGCUCCGAGAAUUCAGUACCCUCACAGUCAGUAUGAGGCAUCUGUGAAGUUAAGCAAAUCUCAGAAUCUGGUAACAGCGAUGAUGACAGAUAUGAUCCCAUCUGUGAGGAAGUAUCUAGACCAGGAAAAGACUGUCCUUGAGGUGUUACCUCCCCUGAUGGAUAUCAUCAUGCCUACCCUUCGUCCUAUCAAUACCCAGUUAUACAGUACCCGUGAGAAGGAAGAACUGGCUCAGCUGAUCAGGAUAAUGAUUGCCUACAACAUGACUUACCUGCAGGAGAAAUCUCCCGACGGCCAGUACAUCUACUCCCUGGACCCGAAAGUUGACGAGGUGGUCAAGUUUUUGGGCAUGAAACAGCAGAGACAGCUUACCUAUGCUGCCAAGCAACUAAUCGCUAGAGAGAUUGUUAUGGAAAAGAUGAGACGCAGUGAGCUAGGAAGGGGUGAAGCCAAGAGGGGAAAGUCAAAUUCACAAUUGUCAUCAAGUGAAUCCAAAACAGAUGAGGAAUUUAUACCUAAUCACAAGCGCAGGCUGGACCCCAAGGCCGUGUCUGUGGCACCAGAAGAGGUGGUGGUAAGAGACUUCUUUGGACGGGUUAUAAAGAAGAAAACUCCAGAAUCCAAACCAAAACAAACAGGCGAUGCAGAAGAGGUGAAAAAGAAGAGAAAUGUUUUAAAUACGGACGUUUGGUUUCAUUUCAAAGAAGGAUUCUCUAAUGCAGUGCGACGUAAUGUUCGAAUACAAGACUUCUUAUGAGAACAAGGAAACACUGCAAAACUAUGAUAGAGAGAUUGGUGGAUAGAGGUUGGAGGUGUGAAAAAACUCUGACUUUCGAAAUUUUGGAAUACAUGUACACUUCUUUUCCGUAGAGAAAAAGAUGAAGACAAAUGCUUCAGUGUGACAAAGGAUAGCCUUAACUUCAGAAGAGUGUCUUGAAGAUGAUGGACUCUUGUUUGUUAGCCAUUUCAUUGUGCCAGUAAAUAUGUAUCUGUGUCCAAAAUUGGAUCCUAAAUACUCAUUUCUUUGGAACAAUGUUAAACUGCAGUUUGUUGAUACAGCUAGACAUCGGCCAUCCCUUGUUCAUAUUGGAUGGUAAAGUGAUUGACUACUUGAUGGUGAUGUCCUUUUUCUGUUCAUGGGUACAGGUCACGAUCUGUUUUGGUGCUAUUGGUUAAUAUAUGUAUAUUACAACCCAUAAAGACCUGUGGUGCCAUUAGUAUUGUUACUGACUGUUUGUGAUGCUUUUCCAUCAACGGCCAAGUUGUUUCAUGACAUAAGUAGUUGCAUUUAGUCCAGUUGUUCAGAGAAAUAUGAGUACACUGUUUAAUUUGAUGAGUAUAGUUAAAUACAUUUAUAAUAAGCUCCAAUGAUUAAUAGGGAUGACUAUAGCUAUUGCAGGCAAUAUUUACUAUUACAAUUCUAUUGCUAUUGGGGAAAACACUCUUAUGAUAGUUUAACUAUUGCGGGUUACAAUUGUAAUAGUAUAGAAUCACUAUUGCAGGUUACAAUUGCAAUAGUGUUGGAUUCUAGACUCAAAAUUAGCUGCCAUGCUGUCUGCUAAUCAAGUGUGUUUUUAUUUUGUUUAUAAGAGUUAUUUCCCCUUAUAUGUGAACAUGGUAGCAAUUCAAACACACUUAUGAUAGAGAGCAAAAUCGUAAUCUGUUGCAGCACCUAACUCUGCGUGAAACUGAUUGUGUGAUUGUGAUAACAACUGAUUUAUCAGUGUUUGUUUUUUAUUGGACAGCAUGGGAAAGGUGACAUUUUGCUGUGACUGUUAGUCUGUAACCCUAUCUGACUGUGGGUACUAGCUAUAUAUAUAUAGUGUAUAUCAUAAUGUCUGAAUAACCAAUGUUCGUUAUCAGGAUGAAAUCACAUAUAAAAUUUCGUCUAAAAUACCAUUAAUAGAAACUAUUGAAACUAUCGAUAGCUUGGCAUACUAUUGACGAUUGUUAUCAACUUGAUGAAUUUGUCAUCAGUUAAAUUAAAUUGAGAGGUAUACAAUUGCAAUUUAUCGAUAGUACGAAGUAUUUUUACACCCUUAAUGAUAAAGAAUGAAGGGAAUACUUUGAUCCAGUUUUUGGUACUUUGGUUUUAAUUUUCAUGAAUUUGAAGAAUUGGCUAUAAUUCAUUUAAUCAGUAAUUUCCAUUGGCUUUGCAUUUUGUACACACCUUCAAUAAGCAUGAACAUAUAAAUAUGAUAUUUGCUCGUUCAAUCAAGGUACUUUGUGUGAAUAAGUUGUGUCGGAAACUGUCAUCUCAUAGAGUGGGGAAAUGAGGCACAUAUGAUUCUGUAGAUCUUGUUUUACUGUCAAAGUCAGUGAGCUUUCUGGACAUCAUGAGCCUAGAUUGAUUUAAGCGACCUUAAAGUGGUACCGAGAGGAUGGAUGGCAAUAGAUGAUGCCUACUUAUGUUUAUUGUAUCUCAGUUAUUAUACUCAAGGAUUUGUUCAUCUGUUGUAGACUUUUCAUGAUAUUUCACAAAUGAUAAAGACGUUGGAGUAAGGAAGUGGGUUUGACAUCAUUAAACUUUUCACACCUGAUCAGAUUAGUACCUCUCAUAACUAGUUGUGUGAAAUUUAUUUUUGACAAAUUUGUAGGUAUGACCUUUUUCAGAUUUCCAUUUAUACGUUAAUAUGUAUAGUUAUGGAAGUACUGCUACUUUUUUGUACAUAAUCAGCAUGUAUAUCAUGGUCUCUGCUAUUUAUGAUUUUAUUGUACAUUGAUAUUCUUUUAAAGUUUUGAAAUAAGUACAGACUAUAUAAGACUACAUUGUAUAUACAUGUAUACAUGACUGUCAAUGAUUUUAUAUGCUUGUCUGAAAAUUUGAAAGGACAUGUUACACUAUGGCAUCUGUCAUAGGUAAACUAAGUUUAGAAUCAGUCUGACUAUAGUUUAUGCGACAUUUUGAUUUUUUUUUUCAAUGAAGUGUUAGAUUGUUUAUAACAUAAGAUAAAAAGAAUAAUAUUUAUUGUAAAAAUUUUCCUGAUUUUCAGCAGUAGUACCCUUUUGAAUUGUUGGGAUAUAUAUGUGUGGCCAAGGAACAGCUACUCUGCCUCACAUCAAUCCAGGAAGAUGAUAAACUUAUCUAAUCUGAUAUGAUCUUUACUGAUACAGGAAAACCAGGUUAAGAUGGUUCCUUCACAUAGUAGGGGUAUUAGGCUAUUGUGUUCUGUGUAUAUUUAACCUAUAUACCUCGAAACCAUUGACAUCCAAGUUGUUAUUGUAAUAUAUUAUGGAUGUAACAUUUAAAGUGAAGAGAACAUGUCACUUUAUAUUGAAUUUUAUUAAAAUAUGCGAGGUCAAUCUAUAUUGACCAUGUGAUGACCUGCUGAUCAAACAAUGACAAAUGCUGGAGUCAUACUUGAUUAAAAAAAAUUUUUUUUUUAAAUCGACAAAACUAAAAAUAGUAUAAAAUACCAUGUGAAUACAAAUCAACGUAAUAACUAAAAUUGGUUUUAAGGAUUUUUACUCGGUGACCAAACUCCCUUUCACCGAUGACCAAACUCCCUUUCACCGUUGAUUUUGAAGGGACCUUGCCCAGAUCCCUUCAUGUUUGCGACAGUGAAGCUUGGAAUGCGAUAAAGUGCUUAUUUGUAGAGUGCUGUACAUGUAUCAUAAAAGGUAAAUCAUAUGUGGUUGUUUAUGGGUAUUUUGAGGAUAUAAGGUAUAUAUAUAUAUAUUUGUUGUAUUUAAUGAAGUUUACUUACAUGAUGCAAUGGAGAUGAAACGUAAUAAAUAAAAUAAAUGCCACAAUA